AUCCGGUCCAGGCCGCCCCAGAGGCGACCCGUCCCUUCGGGAGGACCUCCUGGACCCCUGGGUCCUGCCAGGCCGAGCUCUGGCUACCCUCCUGCAGGAGAGCCCCCAACUGGCCCACCCGUGGUGGUACCGCGACCUGACAGGCCUGGUCCGGAUGGCGAUUUCCCGCCUUGCAAAGUACAAGGGGAAAACUUCUGUGUCCUCACUAACGACUACCCAUCCGACUACGUGGGAAAGAUGGUGGAGCGGGACCUGAAAAAGAUCAAAAUCAUGUACGAGGAGCUGCAGACCGUCGGCGACCCCGAGCUCUUCCCCAACCACCUGGGCACCGGGCCGGCCGCGCGCGGAGCGUUCGCCUGCGAGACCGACGCGAAAACGAUGCGGCCUGGCUGGGCCAAGGACGCCGUCUCCGGGGAGUGGAUGCUCGUCAUCAACACGGACGCCUUCCCGCAGAAAGUGCGAACAGAAAGCUGCAGAAAACCCGACGAGCCGUGCUCCUUCAUCGCCCCGUUCUACGAGUCGACGUGCCAGCAGCGCUACAGCCUGCACCGGCUGCUGGCGCUGCACCCGUGGAACCCCGAGAGGAGCCCGCAGGUGACGCUCUUCAAGUUCCCCGCCGGCUGCUCGUGCCGCGUCGACGCCAGCGGAGGUGCCGCCCAGCCGCAGUCGUACAAGAAGUGACCGCGGCUUCCUGCACUCUCUUGCUUAGAGGACGCGCUCACUCUCGACCUGAAAUGAGUUUGCUCGUCACAGAUCCCCGGCUUUCGAUCAAAGAACGUGGGCAUUCUCCAGCCUUUUUCCCGUUCAGCAUUAUAUACCGAUGUGUCCCUGGUUUCGGUGGUAUGCACGAUUUUCUACCAUGGGUAGGCGCACUUGCUACCUAAGGUGCGACAACAUUGUCAGAUCGAGAAGCAUAGGCAAUGCGAGCUUCUUAAUCCGUCGCAGGAUGGCUCAAUUUUUGAAAGCAGUAGCAACUAAUGAAUCACUUUGUAAUCCGGCUGUUAGCACCGGGCACGGCUCAGUAGUACGGAAGCUGCAUGCGAGCUGAGUUUUGUCUAUCAGGUUUCUUACCGGAGCGCCAACCUUAUUAUUCAAGCACAAUGUUAUUCAAGUACGAAUAAUAUUCAUCUAUGACUUCGUAAAAACGAUCUAAAAAGCCGGGUUAUUCUAAUGUGUUUCACUAUCACAGAAAAGCAUGCAAGCGCGUGUGCUGGACCGCUAGUAUUCCUCCGGAAAACGACAGGCUGAAAUGUACAGCAUUCGGACACAUAUUCCGUGUCAUUGCAAUAUCUGUACCGUAAGAAUUUCUUUAAACAUGUUUUAGAUAAGCGCAAAUAAGAGGUACUGCGCAUAUAACCGCAGGAGUUUCUUUCACUCAUAAGCCAACAUGCUCACAAUUGGGACAGCCAAAGUAAUUAUUGCAUGAUUUGUUGAGCAUGACCAAGAGCAGUGUCUUCCUCAUAAACUCAGACAGUUACGAACACUUGUAGUAGAAACUUUGGCAACGCCUAAGUUUCACGAUCGAAAGAGAAUUCCUGCGAAGAAAUAUGGGCUCAGAUAAGUACCAUUUCAGUCCUGCAGUUAUCGACAAGCUUUCGUUAUGUAUGUCUGUGGUGGCGUGUCAUGUGACCAAAAAUUGCGUGUGCCUUCUCUGUGAUCAGCGACCUUUGAACCGAUGAUGGUCAAAAAUUGUUGCUGUGGAAGACCCGCUUGCACCUCGCAAUGUACGUCUACGCUUCCUGUGUCCCUGUUAUAACUGCCUCUUUUCUUCAUGUGCCUAUAUAAUCCAUGCGCUGCCUGAAACCGUGCUAAAUCUCGCUGUAUCAGCUGUUAAGGAUUCCACCCGAUGCUGCAUGUUCCUUCCCGGAAGUGCUGUGUCUGUGCUCCUUUGUAGUUUUUGUUUCUUCCUACUUUAUAACAGGGGGGACGCCGUGACGUCAUAGAAACAGGAGGGGGAAUGCCUGGGACUUGCGCCACAGUUUCCAUGCUUACCAGCAGGAAACUAUUUCACUUGCAUUUGCAUGCCCGCUAACGGCCACUCACUCUGAAAUGCAUUCUAUGUGGCAAACCUAGAAGUUUCCUCUGAGAUGCCAGCUUCUGUGUGUCCUCUCUCUGCUUGCUGAGGUAGUAAGCAGAGGCAAGCGUAGAUGCGGCCCUGCGUCAAGGGGGGUGACGCAAUGCUGUGCACCCUCCAUGCUCAGGGCGCUUUCCGAGUGUGCAGUAUCCCCUUCGCGUUUCUAUAGAGCCCACGCGAAUUGCGACGUCCCCCUCACUCUGCCCUCAUCGCGAUGCGUCCCAGUAUUUCUUUGUUUCACGUUACAAUCGUGUAUUCAGUGGACGCCAGAUGGCCCUUUCUCGUGGUUUUCAGACAAGGGUGCAAGCAGCGCGAAUGACUCUGAUCUAUGAAUGUAUGUUUUUCCUUUCAAUGUAGCACAUACUGCGCAAGUCGCGUCUAAUAAACAGUCUCGGAAAACGUG